AUUUCCCCCUCCGGUUGAGUCCAGCUAGCUCGUACAAAAACGAUUGGCUCCAUCCACACUAGAAAACAAAGACCCCCCACACUACCAAAAAAGUUUACCUCAUUUCAACGUUCUUACUAUUUCUCUUCAUUUUCAUCUCAUAAUCAAUAUGCCUCUCUUCUCCUUCAAUCGUAAUUCCGAUGGUGGUCUAAUUGGUGAGCGGUAUUUUGGGGAGAUGCCCACAGGAAAAGCUUUAUCAGACGCACCAAUUCCAACCAUAAUUCAACAAGACGAAGGUCAGACUUCUUCUUUAGCUGCUGCCAAAUCUAUUUAUGAAAACCUUCCUCAUCAUCUCAAAUCCUGCUUUGAUUAUAUCUAUAUUCUUUCCCACCAUUUUGGUUUGGAGAAAGGAGGAGUAGUUCGGCUUUUGUUGGCUCAAGGUCUAAUACCAGAAAAACCAGGGGAGAUUAUGGAAGAUACUGCAGCAAAUAUUAUUCAGGAAUUAAUUGGUCUUGGGAUUCUUCAAGAAGAAUAUUGUUCUUAUUCUCGGAUUAUAGUGUCAAUCUCUGAAUUCCAUAAAAAAUCAUGCCUCAUUGAAGUCGAGGAGCAUGAUUUUGUUGCUAAAAUUGCGAAUUUGCCUAUCCAUGCAUCCAUUGGAAAUGAUGGAAAAGACCUGCCUCCUAACUUCAAUGCCCUUCCAAUUCGAUCCUUGUUUGCAAGAGCUCUGACAUCUGCAUCCUGGCCUUUAUAUGAGUUUAUAGACUUUUCUCAGGUGUAUUUACAAAUUGUUUGCGCGUUGCAGUUUAUGUUGGUGUUGGAUUUGUGGGGAGAUAUAGACUACUUACCUGAUGAAGUGGGAGAUUUGGUUCACCUCACUUAUUUAGGCCUAAGGAGCACACAUAUAAAGAAGCUUCCGCAUACUAUAGGUAAUCUUCAGAAACUACAAACUUUGGAGGUAGAACUUACAAAUCUACACCAACUGCCUAUAGAAAUUCUGAAUAUUACACAAUUGAGACACCUUCUGUUGAACAAUUACCCUUCUUAUGCUGGAACUAGAGUUCCAAGAGGAAUUGGAACGUUGGUAAAUCUUCAUACAUGCGCUGGUGUCCAUGUUGAUGCUGGCUUUGCCAGUGAAUUGAGUACUUUAACCCACUUACGAAACCUUGAUGUUCGGAAUGCGUGUGAGGAUCAUGCCAGUGAGUUAUUUGCAGCUAUUUUUAAACUUGAAAAACUUGUCUCCCUCUCACUGAGUUCAGAAAAUCCGUACCUUGGCACACCAUUGCCUGAAUUGGAAUCAUUUUCUCCUCCACCUCAUCUUCAAGAGCUUAGUUUAUGUGGUGGCCUAUUUGAAAUACCUAAUUGGCUUGCCUCCAUUGAAAACCUUACCAGUCUAGAAUUAAGUAAUUCUAAUCUCUUGGAGAAUCCAUCUUCAAUUCUUCAGUUUCUUCCUAAAUUAAAACGUCUCGUUUUAUAUGAAGCCUACAAGGCAAAGAUCAUUGGUAAAGAGUUUUGCGAGGCAGGUGGAUAUCCGGAGCUGGAAACGUUGUCCAUUACAUCAAGGGAUCUAGUGGAGUGGACUGAGAUUGUAAAUGGGGCUUUUCAAAGUUUGAGGAGGCUUAAGUUUGAAUUUUGUCGGAAUUUGAGGUUUCUUCCGGAAGGUUUGCAGCACAUCUCUACGAUUCAAGAGCUUUGUUUAUGGCAAUCGCAUGGAGACCUAAUAAGAAGAUUGAGAGGUGAAGAAAAUUACAAGAUCAAGCAUAUUUCAAAAUUGGAUAUCACUUGAAGCAAGGUAGCUAUUGUUUGAUUCUCAAAUGCCUCCUAUCGCUCCAUUGAGGUAAAAAUAAAUAAAUAAAUAAUCCUUUUUAGAAUUGAAGAUGAUAGAAAUUGCUAGAAUUUGAUCUUUGUUUGUAAGCCUUGAAACAGGGGUGGCUGCUUGUCUUGGUGAUUUUUCUUUUUAAUAAUUUGAGUGUUGCUAUUAACAUAUAUUUGAUACAUGUUAUUUGGUGGAUUA